AUGGCCGGGAUGAAUGGGGACCGAAAAGGGAAAAAGGAUGACAACGGGAUCGGAACCGCUAUAGAUUUCAUGCUUUCCAAUGCCAAGCUCGUGCUGGGGGUGGGCGGGGCAGCCAUGCUUGGCAUUGCAACACUAGCUGUCAAAAGAAUGUAUGAUCGGACCAUAAGUGCCCCUACCAACCCCACCAAGAUGCAGCAGACUGGAAAGAGAAGCUGGGAAGAGCCUGCGUGGAUGGGCUCGUCACCACGAGUACUCAACCAUGACAUGAAGUCCACAGUUAGCAGGUCCCUCCAGUCGCUGCCCACGUCCUCACGUUCUUUUGAACCAGACUGCCUGCGAAGAGCUGCAGGUCGCUCUGCAUGUGGUGCCACCCAGUCCAGCCUGAUGCGGGCCAGGAUGCGUCUCUCCCUGCAGGAACGUCUGUGGGAGUUCUACCAAACCAGGGUCAACAUCCCUGCUGAGGAGCAGGCCAUGGCCCGAAGGGCGGCGCUGGACAUCUGUGCAGAGCUCCGAGUCUUUCUUCAUGCCAAGCUGCCUGACAUGCCGCUCAGAGAGAUGUACCUCAGCGGCAGUUUGUAUGAUGACCUUCAGGUGGUGACUGCUGACCAUGCCCAGUUGAUGGUGCCUCUCAUCUUGGAAAAUAAUCUGUGGUCUUCCAUCCCAGGAGAGGACACUAUCAUGAACGUCCCAGGUUUCUGGCUUGUCCGCAGGGAGAACUUGGAGUACUUCCCACGAAGUAGCAGCUACUGGGACCGCUGCAUGGUCGGCGGUUACCUCUCCCCCAAAUCGGUCCUUGAGGUCUUUGAAAAGCUCGUGGCCGGUUCCAUUAACUGGCCAGCUAUAGGGAGCAUGCUCGACUACGUCAUCCAUCCUGUGGUUCCCUCUGAGACGCUGACCCUUGAGGUCCAGUACGAGACGGACCGGAAGCUAUACGUGGACUUCUUGCCACUGUUGGUGAUGGAGGACGGAACUUCACUGAUUGCCAAACCGCACCGGCUCUCUGCCGAGCGCAACGAGAACCUGUGGCGGCAGAGCUUCCGUGUAGCCGAAACGGCGCGGCUCAGGGCGCUGGAUCAGGAGGACGGGGGCUGCCGGCGCACCUGCCUUAAGGUGGCGAAGGCUGUGUGCAAGCUCAGCCCCGCCCUCCACCGGCUUAACUCCAGCCAGCUCACCAACACCAUCCUGCUGCUGAGUGAGAAGGAAGGCGACUGGACACAAGAAGCUCUGGCCGACCGCUUCCUCCAGCUGCUGCGAGCGCUGGUGGGACACCUAGAGGCCGGGAGGCUGUUGUGCGCCCUCAGUCCUAAAGUUAACUUGUUCUGCGAGCUGACUGAACAGGAAGUAGAUGAGCUGGGGUAUACUCUCUACUGCGCCCUUUCGGAUCCUGAGGGGCUGCUGAGAACUGAAGUGGAGCAGCCGUAAACAUCCCAAACAAGCAACAAAUAAAAUGCCAACCUCAAUUUUUGUUUUUGGGUCAAAUAUUUUUCAGUCGCAAAAAAUCCUGCAUGGAAUAAUCACCUCUUUUUGUUUUUAUUACCUCUAAAAUCACCAGUGAGAAACCAUGACACAGUAGCAGUUCCAGUGUUAGGGCUGUUGAUAUGAUAGCUGUGUCUUCUGUUGUCCAAAUAUUCUCAGCUCAGUGAAGCGAGUCUCCUUAAAGUCAUCGUAUUAAUGAAGUUUAGAGUGUAUCAUGGUGGAUGGACCUCUGACGUCUUUACCAUCAUUUCAUUAUAAAGAGGAAGGCACGAAGUCAGCUAGAUUUUACCUCCACAUUGAGAUAGAGAUGUAUUUAAUGCAGUUCAGAGUUACUACGCCUACCGUGCUCAGUGUGUUUUUAAUCUAGUUUCAAAGGACUGAAUGUAAUAUUAAAUUGUAUGUAUGCCAAUCCAAAAUGUAAUAAAAUCCUGAUCAGCCUUAA